AUGUCUGCCCCAAAGGUGCGAGUUGGUGUCGCCGGUCUUGGCCGAAUUGGUCAGCACCAUGCGGUAAACCACCACGCCCUCACUCCUCGUACUGAGGUGAUGGCAGCAAGAUCUUUCGAUCUGAAUGAACACAAGUGGGCUGCAGAAAACAUCACAGAGGCACGUAUCUACAAAGUUUUCUUUUGA